CGCCAUGGCCGCGCCGCUCUAGGCGUCCCAGCGGCUCGCCCCGCGUCGCCCCGGUUCCCCCGGGGCCGCCGGCCGGAGGAUGGACGAAGAUGGACCUCGAGCGGCCGAGGAGGAGCCGGGCAGAGCCAAGACUUUCAUCCGCCUUAAUGACCUGUCCGGGGCCGGGGGCCACCUGGGGCCGGGGGACAGGGAGGCGGGCAGCGGCGACUCGGAGGCGGAGGCGCUGCCCUACCCAGCACUGGCCCCCGUCGUCUUUUUCUACCUGAGCCAGGAAAGCCGGCCGCGGAGCUGGUGCCUCCGGCUGGUCUGUAACCCGUGGUUUGAGAGGGUCAGCAUGCUGGUGAUCCUGCUCAACUGUGUGACACUGGGCAUGUUCCACCCCUGCGAGGACAUCGCCUGCGACUCGCCACGCUGCAGGAUACUCCAGAGCUUUGAUGACUUCAUCUUUGCCUUCUUUGCUGUGGAAAUGAUCGUCAAAAUGAUUGCGCUGGGGAUUUUUGGGAAGAAAUGCUACCUGGGAGACACAUGGAACCGCCUGGACUUCUUCAUCGUCAUUGCAGGGAUGCUGGAGUAUUCCCUGGACCUGCAGAAUGUCAGCUUCUCAGCCGUCCGCACUGUCCGAGUCCUGCGGCCACUCAGGGCCAUUAACAGGGUUCCCAGUAUGCGCAUCCUGGUGACGCUGCUUUUGGACACGCUGCCCAUGCUGGGGAAUGUCCUCCUCCUCUGCUUCUUUGUCUUCUUCAUCUUUGGCAUUGUGGGAGUCCAGCUGUGGGCAGGUUUGCUCAGGAACCGCUGCUUCCUCCCUGAGAACUUCAGCAUCCCCUACACAGUGGAUUUGGAGAGGUACUACCAGACAGAGAACGAGGAUGAAAAUCCCUUCAUCUGCUCCCAGCCCCGGGAGAACGGGAUGCGCUACUGUCGGAGUAUCCCAACGCGGAGGGAGGAGGGUCUGGAGUGCACCCUGGAUUAUUACUCCUACAAUGACACCACCAACACGUCUUGUGUGAACUGGAACCAGUACUACACCAACUGCUCUGCUGGGGAGCACAACCCCUUCAAGGGAGCCAUCAACUUCGAUAACAUUGGCUAUGCCUGGAUUGCGAUAUUUCAGGUCAUCACGCUGGAAGGCUGGGUGGACAUCAUGUACUUUGUCAUGGAUGCACACUCCUUCUACAACUUCAUCUACUUCAUCCUCCUGAUCAUUGUGGGCUCCUUCUUCAUGAUCAACCUGUGCCUGGUGGUGAUAGCGACGCAGUUCUCCGAGACAAAGCAGCGGGAGAGCCAGCUGAUGAAGGAGCAGCGCGUGCGCUACCUGUCCAACGCCAGUACCCUGGCCAGUUUCUCAGAGCCGGGCAGCUGCUACGACGAGCUCCUCAAGUACCUGGUUUACAUUGCCCGGAAGGGCAGCAAGCAGCUGGUGAAAGCCUACAGGGCAGCAGGUGUGAGGAUGGGCUUCCUCAGCAGCCCCACGAGCAAGGCGGGUGCCGAGCAGCAUGGCAGGAAGCGCCAGAGCAGGAAGAGAUCCUCCGUGCACCACCUCAUCCACCACCAUCACCACCACCACCACCACUACCACCUGGGCAAUGGGAACCUGCGAGCGCCCCGUGCCAGCCCGGAGAUCAGUGAUGUGGAGACCAGCUCACUCCACAACGGGACCAACCGGCUGAUGCUCCCUCCCUCGGCACCCAACUCCCUGGGGGCCUCUCCCAGCAACACCGAGUCCGUGCACAGCAUCUACCACGCCGACUGUCACUUUGAGCCUGUGCGCUGCCGGUCCUCCCUGACACAGCCGAGCCUUGGCUUGCCGAGCCCAGAAGGGAUCCCCAAAAACGUGGUGGGCAGCAAGGUGUACCCCACAGUGCACUCCAGCACCUCCCAUGAGAUGCUGAAAGAGAAGAACCUGGGGGAGGCGGCAGUGGGUGCUGGGAGCAGCACCUUGACGAGCCUCAACAUCCCGCCCGGGCCCUACAGCUCCAUGCACAAGCUGCUGGAGACACAGAGCGCAGGGUUCUUUUCAGUCCACGUUACAGAGAAAGGCGAUGGCUUUCCAGGUCCCUGCCAAAGCUCUUGCAAGAUCUCCAGCCCUUGCACCAAGCUGGAUGGUGGCUCCUGCACUCCUGAGAGCUGUCCUUACUGCCUCACGGUGCUGGCAGGCGAGGCCGAGCUGUCGGACAAUGAGACGGCCAACUCAGACAGUGAGGGAGUGUACGAGUUCACACAGGAUGCCCACUACAGGGACCAGCGGGACCCACAAAGGGGCAGAACCGGGGCCAGGAGAGCCCACCUGGCGCUGGCCUUCUGGCGUGUGGUGUGUGAGACCUUCCAGAAGAUCGUGGACAGCAAAUAUUUCGGCCGUGGGAUCAUGGUGGCCAUUCUCAUUAACACGCUCAGCAUGGGGAUCGAGUACCACGAACAGCCAGAGGAACUUACCAAUGCCCUGGAGAUCAGCAACAUUGUCUUCACAAGCCUCUUUGCCCUGGAGAUGCUGUUGAAAGUCCUUGUUUAUGGUCCUUUUGGCUACAUUAAGAAUCCAUACAACAUCUUUGAUGGGAUCAUUGUGGUGAUUAGCGUGUGGGAGAUUGUGGGCCAGCAGGGCGGGGGCCUCUCCGUGCUGCGCACCUUUCGUCUCAUGCGCGUCUUGAAGCUGGUCCGCUUCAUGCCAGCCCUGCAGCGCCAGCUCGUUGUCCUCAUGAAGACCAUGGACAACGUGGCCACCUUCUGCAUGUUGCUGAUGCUCUUCAUUUUCAUCUUUAGCAUCCUGGGCAUGCACCUCUUUGGCUGUAAGUUCGCUUCGGAGCGGGAUGGUGACACUCUGCCUGACAGGAAGAACUUUGACUCCUUGCUCUGGGCCAUCGUCACUGUUUUCCAGAUUUUGACCCAGGAAGACUGGAACAAGGUCCUUUACAAUGGCAUGGCCUCCACCUCCUCGUGGGCUGCUCUCUACUUCAUCGCUCUCAUGACAUUUGGGAAUUAUGUUCUCUUUAAUCUGCUGGUGGCCAUCCUGGUAGAGGGUUUCCAGACAGAGGGUGAUGCUUCCAAGUCUGAUUCCGAGGGGGAUCUCUUCCCCCGCAGCCUGGAAGAGGAGGGAGAACUUAAGAAAAACUUGUCAAAUCCAGCCUUGAUGGCCUUGAGCGACCACCCAGAGCUGAAGACGAGUCUGACGCCGCCGCUCAUCAUCCACACGGCCGCUACGCCCAUGCCCAUGCCGAAGAACGCCGUGUUCGGGGACGGGGCGCAGGGCUACGAGUCCCGCCGGGCCAGCGGUGUCUCCACGGAGCCCGUGGCCACCUACGAGCUCAAGUCCCCGCCCAGCACCCGCAGCUCCCCGCACAGCCCCUGGCGUGCCAGCAGCUCCUGGAACAGCCGCCGCUCCAGCUGGAACAGCAUCGGCCGGGCCCCCAGCCUCAAGCGCCGGGGACAGAGCGGCGAGCGCCGGUCGCUGCUGUCGGGGGAAGGCAACGAGAGCUCGGAGGAAGGGGACAGCUCGGAUGAGGAGCACUCCAGCCGGGCCGGCAGCUUCAAUGGCUCUUUGCCUCACCGCAUGGAGUCCCUGGAAACAAAAGGGUCCUUUGACCUGCAGGAUACUUUGCAGGUGCCUUCCCUGCACCGCACCAGCAGCAUGCACAGCACCAGGACGUCUGUCUCCGAGCACCAGGACUGCAAUGGCAGGAGCUCCCCGGGUCUGCUGCUGCGCCAGCUCCACCUGGAUGAGCCCCACCAGGAUGGUGAUGAUGGCGAUGAUGAAGGCAACAUGAGCAAAAGGGACCGCAUGAAGGCCUGGCUGCAGGCACGGCUCCCCACCUGCUGCAAAGAGAGGGACUCCUGGUCCAUCUUCAUCUUCCCCCCUCACUCCAGAUUCCGUCUGAUGUGCAAUAAAAUCAUCACUCACAAGAUGUUUGAUCAUGUUGUCUUGGUGAUCAUUUUCCUGAACUGCAUCACCAUUGCCAUGGAACGACCCAAAAUUGAGCCUCACAGCGCUGAACGGAUCUUCCUAACACUCUCCAACUACAUCUUCACAGUCAUCUUCCUGACUGAGAUGACAGUUAAGGUGGUGGCACUAGGCUUGUGUUUUGGGGACAAAGCCUACUUGAAGAGCAGCUGGAAUGUGCUGGAUGGGGUGCUGGUGCUCAUCUCCGUCAUCGACAUCCUGGUCUCGAUGGUGUCGGACAGCGGCACAAAAAUCCUGGGGAUGCUGCGGGUUCUGAGGCUGCUGAGGACUCUGCGGCCCUUGAGAGUCAUUAGUCGAGCCCAAGGACUGAAGCUGGUGGUGGAGACUCUCAUGUCAUCCUUGAAACCCAUUGGGAACAUUGUGGUCAUCUGCUGUGCCUUUUUCAUAAUCUUUGGGAUCUUGGGAGUUCAGCUUUUCAAAGGCAAGUUUUUUGUCUGCCAGGGGGAGGACACCAGAAACAUCACAAAUAAAUCGGAUUGUACAGAAGCAAGCUACAAAUGGGUCCGGCACAAGUAUAAUUUUGAUAAUCUCGGACAGGCCCUGAUGUCUCUCUUUGUCCUGGCCUCCAAGGAUGGGUGGGUGGAUAUCAUGUACGAUGGCUUGGAUGCUGUGGGAGUCGACCAGCAGCCAGUCAUGAACUACAAUCCAUGGAUGCUACUCUACUUCAUUUCCUUCUUGCUGAUUGUGGCCUUCUUCGUCCUCAAUAUGUUUGUGGGAGUGGUGGUGGAGAAUUUCCACAAGUGUCGGCAGCACCAGGAGGAGGAAGAAGCCAAGAGGCGGGAGGAGAAGAGGCUCCGCCGGCUGGAGAAAAAGAGAAGGAGUAAGGAGAAACAGAUGGCUGAUCUAAUGCUGGAUGAUGUAUUAAUGGAGAGCUCAGCCAGUGCAGUGCAAGAAGCUCAGUGUAAGCCCUACUACUCGGAUUACUCCCGUUUUCGCCUCCUGAUCCACCAGAUGUGCACCAGCCACUACCUGGAUCUGUUCAUCACCGGCGUCAUCGGCCUCAACGUCAUCACCAUGGCCAUGGAGCACUACCAGCAGCCAAAGGUUCUUGACGAAGCCCUGAAGAUUUGUAAUUACAUCUUCACCAUUAUCUUUGUCCUGGAAUCUGUUUUCAAGCUUAUUGCCUUCGGGUUUCGCCGCUUCUUCCAAGACAGAUGGAACCAAUUAGAUCUGGCAAUUGUGCUGCUGUCUAUCAUGGGCAUCACUUUGGAAGAGAUCGAGGUGAACGCUUCACUGCCAAUUAACCCCACCAUUAUCCGGAUCAUGAGGGUUCUCAGGAUCGCUCGAGUGCUGAAGUUGCUGAAGAUGGCUGUGGGGAUGAGGGCCCUCCUGGACACUGUGAUGCAAGCACUGCCGCAGGUGGGGAAUCUGGGCCUUCUCUUCAUGUUGUUGUUUUUCAUAUUUGCAGCUCUUGGAGUGGAGUUGUUUGGUGACCUCGAGUGUGAUGACACACACCCCUGCGAGGGGCUGGGACGGCACGCCACAUUCAGGAACUUUGGGAUGGCCUUCCUGACCCUCUUCCGAGUAUCCACAGGAGACAACUGGAAUGGGAUAAUGAAGGACACGUUGCGUGACUGUGACCAGGAGUCCACCUGUUACAACACCGUCAUUUCCCCCAUCUACUUCGUCUCCUUCGUGCUGACAGCCCAGUUUGUCCUGGUGAACGUGGUGAUCGCUGUGCUCAUGAAGCACUUGGAGGAGAGCAACAAGGAGGCAAAGGAGGAGGCAGAGCUGGAAGCAGAACUGGAGAUGGAGAUGAAGACCAUCAUCCCCAGCCAGCACAGCCCCUCAGACAUCUUUGCGUGGACAGGCACCACCAGUGGAGAGAGACCCGAGAGCCCCCACAGAUUCACCAAUCCCAUGCAAAUCAAGGUGGAUUCUCAGCUCUCACUAGCUUAUCAUAUGGCUGAUCUCCGCUCCAAGGAUGACACACUGACCCUGUCCCCCAGCAAGGACCUGCUGAGUGUGAGGAAGCCCUCGGUGGGACGCACCCACUCCUUGCCAAACGACAGCUACAUGUUCCAGCCGCCCUACUCCAGCCCCUGCCCUGCUUCCCUGGGUGACAGGAAGCCAGCACAUCACAAAUCCCAGUCAGGUUCAAAGGCAUCGGUGCAGUCACAGCCAGCAGACACCAGCUCCCUCCUACAAAUCCCAAAGGAACAUUUCCACCACGUAAGAGCUCAUGACCAUUUGGUGGGGGACAGCAAGCCCCGGGUCUCCCAGCAGGCACACUCCCCUUCUGCUGAAAGGCUGCUCCGCAGACAGAUGGCUAUAAGGAACGACUCUCUGGAUAGCAAGGAGAAUCUCCACACCGAGGCACCAGCAUCGUGUGCUUGUGCAGACUCGUAUCAGGAGACCCCUGAAGAUUCAAUGGACCAAGAAGUGUCUGAAAUAAACAGCUCCUCAGAGCCUUUCACUUCAGAAACUUGCACAGCCUCGAGUGCCUGUUCAGAGGGUCAGCCUCUCACAUCUAAGAGGAACAUGGGCAAUACCGGCAACGUGGUACUGAAGGACCUGAAGAAAUACCACAGUGUAGACACCCAGGGUCUGCUAAAAAAACCACCCUCUUGGUUAGAUGAUCAAAGGAGACAUUCCAUAGAGAUUUGUUCCAUAGAAAACAGCCCUCAGCACCAUUCCACAUCCAGCUCCUCUGGCUUUAUAAGUCAGGUGGUCAGUGAAAUGGAAUGCUUGCAAGGUACACGGCAGAAGAAGAAACUGAGCCCUCCCUGUAUAUCUAUAGAUCCACCUGAUGGGCAGAGUUUGGUACCUAGGGGACCCCACAGCAUCUCACCUGCCAGUGGAAACGUUUUCUUGAGGAGGCGUGCUCCAUCCUGUGAGUCCAAGGAUUCGAUGGAUAUAGGGGAUUCACUGCUUCCAGACACUAUGUCAACAUCUCCUACCCCAAAGAAAGACUUGUUGACACUUCCUAGCUUUUCCUUUGAUCAAACGGAAAUGGACCCCUGAGUUACUUUUCUGUUGGUGCCAAAUGUCUUCUUCCUUUCAUGUAAUAGAAAAAAAAAAAAUUUAAAAAAACUCUGUACUCCAAAAUGGCACUGGGUAAAAAAUUUCCAAAGAAAGAUUAAAGAACCAGCUGGUUAAAAGAGUGGUUAACCUAUAUCACGCUUACUUAAGCAUAUGUUCUGCUUAGGUAAAAGCAAUACAAUGUGCAGAAUCUAUAUGUAUAUUAUAUUUUAUUAAA